AUGCCUCAGCCUAGUUUCUCUUCCCACUUGGACACGAUGUUUGCCAAUUCUUCAGUCAAUGCCUCUUCUACCAACAGCCCUGUGCCCCAGUGCCGUGACUAUCGGGGCACACAUCGUCUGCAUAUGGUGGUCUACAGCCUAGUGUUGGCGACUGGUCUCCCUCUCAACGCUCUGGCUCUAUGGGUCUUCCUGCGUGUGCUGCGCAUAAACUCGGUGGUGAGCGUGUACAUGUGUAACCUGGCAGCCAGCGACCUGCUCUUCACCCUGUCACUGCCCCUGCGCCUCUCCUACUAUGCACGGCACCACUGGCCCUUCCCGGACUUCCUGUGCCAGACGUCGGGCGCCAUCUUCCAGAUGAACAUGUACGGCAGCUGUAUCUUUCUGAUGCUCAUCAACGUGGACCGUUAUGCGGCCAUCGUGCACCCGCUGCGACUGCGCCACCUGCGGCGACCCCACGUGGCGCGGCGGGUCUGCCUAGGCGUCUGGGCGCUCAUCCUGCUGUGCGCCGUGCCCGCCGCCCGCGUGCACAGUCCGUCCACCUGCAGGUACGAGAACAGCACCGUGAGCCUGUGCUUCGAGAGUUUCAGCGAUCAGCUGUGGAAGGGCGGGCUGCUGCCGCUUCUGCUGCUGGCUGAGACCCUGGGUUUUCUGCUGCCCUUAGCGGCUGUCGUCUAUUCGUCUGGCCGGGUCUUCUGGACGCUGGCGAGGCCCGACGCCACUCAAAGCCAUCGGCGUCAGAAGACGGUGCGCCUCCUGCUGAUCAACCUCAUCAUCUUCCUGCUGUGCUUCGUACCCUACAACGCCACGCUGGCUGUGUAUGGGUUGUUGCGAGCCAACCUGGUGGAAUCCAGCCUUGAGGCCCGCGAUCAGGUGCGCGGUGUGCUGAUGGUAAUGGUGCUGCUGGCCGGCGCCAACUGCGUACUGGAUCCGCUGGUGUACUACUUCAGUGCCGAGGGUUUCCGAAACACACUUCGCAGCCUGGGCACCGCGCUCCAGACGAGGCCUCUGGCUACCAAUGGGGCUCGAGGCGUGCUCACUGAACCACCCUCAGAAACCACCCAAAACACCGGGCAGGACGCCACCAGUCAGGGGUUACUCCAGCCUGGAAAUCUGGAAACACACAUCACCCAGAGCCCCCAGGAUUCAGCCCUCUGA